CAAGGGAGGAGCAUUAGGGCAACGCCUUACCAAAUGGCGCAGCGUCCCGGCGUGCCCAAGCCCUCCAUGGCCUACCUCGCGUCGAAGAAGGCGGCGGCCAAGCCCCGCGCGCCGCUGCCUGCGAACUCCGCCGACGCGCCCGGCUCCGCCACCGACCGCUGCUUCGCCAACCUUUGCUGCCAAGAGGUCCGCUCGCGUGACGACGUGAGCACGUGGAUGCUGUCGAACAACGCGGACGCGGAGCCUUCGCUCCUGCAGCGCGUGUGCCUCCUGCAGUGCGGGCCGGAGGCACGCACGCCCUCGACGAUCAUCAAGGUGCCGGAGCUCGCGGGUCUCGCCGGCAUCACCGUCCAAUCUGACACGGGCCAGGGGAGCACCGGCUCGCUGCAGACGCUCAAGUGGGCCAUCUACGACGAGGAGACCAGGGUGGCGCGCAUGCAGGUCUUUGGCGGCUGGGGCGGGCACGCGUCGGUGGGCUGGUGGACCGAGCCGGCGGACGAGCGGCAGUGGAACUGUCUUAUCAACGUGGCGCGGCUGUGCAACUACACGUACGAGUUCCGCUUCUCGACCGACUAUCGGCACGCCGACAUCUACAUACAGGGCAACCUGACGGGCGGCUGCUUCCCGCUGAUCCCCGGCCUUCCGUGCGUGCCGGCGUGGUUCACCAUCCCAUCCUGCUGCAUCCACUUUGAGAUGGAGCAGACGGACUUUGCCGGGCCGGGCCAGGCGCUCGACGGCAAGAACUGGAUCCGCAAGUCGUACUGCUGCGGCAAGGCCUUCCAGGUCAACGAGUACGAGCUGGCGCAGGUCUACGACAGCGAUGGAAACAAGAACGACGAGUACUUUGACCGCAUCGAGCAGGCGCCCAUGGCGCUGCUCAUCUCGCGCUGAGCGGUGAGCGCUCAAGCCGAGGCAGGUGCGAGGUGCCAUGCAGAGUGGCGCGAGCCGGUGUGUGGCGCUGUAUAUCCUCAUUCUCCCAGUAUCUCCCGGUCUCCCGCCGUAUGCCCCGUAUCCCGCGGUAGCUGCUACGUGCUAGCUCCCAACUCGCAUGGCGGGGUGCGUAUUGCGCGGUGCGCGUGUCGUUGACGCGAAGCGGCAAGCGCCGCACUGUCCACUGACGACGAAGGCCUAAAUAUAAAAUAAUACUCGAGUUGUACGCAGAAAAAUCUAAAAAGUCUC